AUGCGCGGCCUCUACAUGGGACUCGGCGCCAUUGCCCUGGCGUCCGUCAAUGCCUGGGAAUACCCCUUUUGCGAGCAAGAUGGGUGCUACCGGAACCUCGUCGACGAGCGCUUCGCGGAGGAGGCCGAGGGCUUCUGUGUGGAGUUCCUCCACGGAACUACUACUGCUGCCGCUGCCAUCCCUACGGACUUCAACAACUGCAACGGAGAUGUGAAGGCUGUCUCCUCUGCCUGCUCAUGCAUCACCUACAGCUUGAGCACAACGGCCCCUGUCACCACCAGCACCUCUGCCCCCUCGACUACCAGUACCACUACUCCCCCGAUCACCGUCAGCACUACCGAGGCCACCAAGACUACCUGGUCCUCCAGUGAGGUGGUCUCCACGAGCACAUCCGAGGACGUUCCUACCUCUACUCCCGUCACAUCGGAGGCGAGCACAUUGUCCACCUGGGUUAGCAGCACCAAGGUUUACAGCACCUCCACCUCUUCUGAGGACUGCACGACUUCGUCCACGAGUGUCAGCUCUGCCAAGGAGUACAGCACCUCCACCUCCUCCGAAGAUUGCACUACCUCUUCCACCGCCGUCAGCAGCACCGAGGUCCACAGCACAACUACUUUCUCGGAAGACUGCACUACCUCAACUGUCGUCAGCAGCAUCAAGGGCAUCUCAACCUCGACGAGCGAGAUCGUGAGCAUCACAGAGUACCAAAACACCACGACCCCUGCUACCGAGGACUGCACCACUUCCACUGCGGUCAGCAGCACUGAAGUUUACAGCACAACCAGCGAGGACUGCACCACCGAGACGACCGUGAGCAGCACCAAGAGCCAUCACUCGCACUCCAGCAAGCCCUUGACUCACGUCCCUCCCGCUCCCACCACUACUGAGGACUGUACCACCGAGACUGCUGUCAGCAGCAUCAAGGGAGAGAGCACAACCAAGAGUCAUCACCCUCACUCCAGCAAGCCUUCCACCUGGGUCUCUCCUCCUCCCGUGACGACUCCAUACGCCAAUACGACAAGCGAGAAGCCUCUUUACACUGAGACCAGCACCACUGAGCUGACCACGUCCACCGUCUACACCACGAUAGUCGAGACCGUGACGAGAUGCCCUCCGAGCGUCACGAACUGCCCUCACACCCCCAUCAUCACAACCAAGACUGUCGCCAUCUUGACGACCAUCUGUCCCGUCACGGAAGAGUCCUCUACGCCCGCUCCCACCCAACCCGCUCCUCCGCCGACGACCUGGACAACCUCUACAGUCUACACCACAAAGGUUUACACCAUCACCAGGUGUCCUCCCAGUGUUCCCGACUGCCCCGAGGGACCUCACACCACCACUGAGACCAUUCCUGUCUCCACCACCAUCUGCCCCGUCACCGAGAGCGUGCCUCACACUUUCACCACUGUACUCCCACUUCCUAGCAGCCAGCCUGCUGCGCCGACCGCCGGCACUCCUCCUGCUGGCACUCCUCCCGCUGGAACUCCUCCUGCUCCUCCUGCCAGUACUUACCCGGCACCUCCCGCUGGUGCACCCCCAGCUGGAACUCCUCCCGCUGGCACUCCUCCCGCCGGCACUCCUCCUGCUGGCACUCCUCCCGCCGGCACUCCUCCCGCUGGAACUCCUCCUGCCCCUCCCGCUGGUACACACCCAGCUGGAACUCCUCCCGCCGGCCCUCCUCCUGCUGGCACUCCUCCUGCUGGCACUCCUCCUGCUGGAAAUCCCCCUGCUCCUCCUGCCAGUACUCACCCGGCACCUCCCGCUGGUACACCCCCAGCUGGCAUUCCUCCCGCCCCGCCUGCUAGCAGCCCCCUUGCUCCUCCCGCUGGUUUCCCCCCCGCUGGCACCGCCGUGCCCCCUCCGGCUGGUACCCCUUCUGCCCCGCCUGCCGGCUCUUCUCCUCCUUCAACUUCUGCUCCCGCAGGAACUCCUCCCGCCGCCACCACAUUCGUCACCUCUCCCAGCAAGACCACGACGCCUCCAGUCCAAGUCACCAACGCUGCUAAUCGUCUCGGCUCCGGUGUCUUCGCCGCGGCCGCUGGCGUUGUAGUUGCUGCUCUACUCUAA